UCGAUUGUGCCCAGGUCAAAUCUUUCUUCUGCAGAAUCAGGGGCGGGAAGGACCCUGAGGGUGAGAUACAUUACAACCCCUUUCAGAUCACACCCUACCUGUUGAAGGUGCAAGGAACAGGAACCAGAGGAGAGGAGGAGGAGGAGCCUUGCUGCCUUGCAAUGGCUGAAUGCAUCAUUUCUGGCUAUGAGGCUCCUCGGAUUCCGAUGGACAAGCGGAUCUUCACUACUACUCACUCUCCAGGCUGUGUGUUCUUGGAAGUAGAUGAAAGGGCUGUGCCCUUGCUGGGAUACCUUCCACAGGAUAUGAUUGGCAAAUCAUUGUUGACAUGCAUUCAUCCAGAGGACCGCCCACUCAUGAUUUCUGUGCACCGGAAGGUGUUGAAAUAUGCUGGCCAGCCACCUUUUGAGCACUCACCGGUCCGUUUUUGCUGUCAAAAUGGUGACUACAUCACCUUGGAUACCAGCUGGUCCAGCUUCAUUAACCCAUGGAGUCGCAAGGUGGUCUUCAUCAUCGGCCGACACAAAGUCAGAACGAGUCCACUGAAUGAGGAUGUGUUUGCUGCUCAAACCAAGCAGGAUUUUCCAGACAGCCAGGAAGAAAUAAAAGAUCUGCAGGCCAAGAUCUAUAAGCUCUUCUUGCAGCCCAUCCAUAACAAUGGUUCCAGUGGUUAUGGCAGUUUGGGAAGUAAUGGUUCCCAUGAGCACUAUAUCAGUGUAGCCUCUUCUAGUGACAGCAGUGGUAACCUGUGGGAGGACUCGCACCGGGAUCCGAUGUCUCUGCAGCGGAUCUGUGCUGACGUGAACAGAGUCAAGAGUUGGGGUCAGCAAGCACACCUGGAUGCCAGCCACAAAACUGCUCCUCUAGAAAAAGCUGCUCCAGUGCAUCUAUUCCAAACAGCCUCCAACCUCGAGGCUGGGGCUCUUGAGGAAAGCAGGAAGCAAACACAUCCCUCCUACCAGCAGAUUAACUGCAUGGACAACAUCAUCAGAUAUUUGGAGAGUUGCACAGGUUCGGCCCUUAAACGCAAGAGUGGAUCCUGUUCUCUGACCACCUCUUCUUCCUCAUCCUCUACAUCAGAAGAUGACAAACCUGCCAGCGUCACUGACACAGCUCAACCCAACUCGGAUGUGGUGGUGUUAGACAGUCAGGACUCACUUGCCCCUGCAGCGGCAGCAGUGGUUGGAGCACCAUUAAAAGACAUCAUGUCCACGAAGGCCAUGAGUGUGGUGUCCGUCACCAGCCAGUGUUCUUACAGCAGCACCAUCGUCCACGUGCCUCCGCCUGAAUCAGAGGCAACUGCACUCGAGGAUGCACCUAUGGGUAGUGAACCUGCUGAAGCUCCUCUGCUCAAUGUUCGUCCAGAUCCAAGCCCUCUCACCGAGGAGCGUAGGUUCGUAGGCCUCACCAAGGAGGUGUUGUCAGCUCACACCCAGAAAGAGGAGCAAGAAUAUGUGGAUCGAUUCCGCCAUCGCAUCCUGCAGAGCCCAUACAGCUCAUACCUGCACUUAGAUAACAGCUCUCUAGCUCACUCACACCAACCAGUUGACUCUGUAAUGCGUCCACUGAGUGCUGGCGGGUGGAACCGCUCUCGGAGAGGAAAGUUAAGACACAAGCGCCCCAAACCCCAGGGUUCCUCAGACAGCUAUGCCUCUCCACGUGGACCCCCUCGCUGUAUCCCUGACUCCUCCUGGCCAUCUUCAGAGUCCUCUCAGCCACAGACGGGCGCGCCGUACAGUCAGUCAUCCCCACAUCAUGCACCUUACUACCCCACCAUGGCCGCCCAACAUGGCUCAGAGCAAUCUUCAAGGCCGAAACAGCUGCCAGGAGCCACACAGAUGGUGCUGCAGCCUCCUAACCCUCCCCAUCUUAAGUACAGUGUCAGUGCCCUGCAGUCUGCUCACAGCAUGCCAAGCAUGCAGCCAAUUCAAGUGGAGCCGAUUCAAAAUAUGCAACAUUUUCAGAGCUUUCAUAAUGUGCAGUCAUUGGGUGCAGCACAGACAAUCAGUCCUUACGUAGCUCCUGUCAUGACUGUCAUCCUGCCCAACUACCUAGUCUUCACCACAGGAUACCCAUCCAUUUAUCUACCAUCCACUUUCUCCAUGUUACCACAAGCACCCAUCACUGUGGCAGGCUUUGCUCCAAGCAUUACGCUCUUCCCCCAACCCCAGUUCCAGCUCUAUUCUGGGUCCCCACUUCAGAAUCCCCCAGGUCCAUUGGUUUGCUCUCCAAAAGCCAGCUUCUCUCUCAGAGAAGAGGAGGAGGCACCUGGGCCGCAUGCUUUGUUCUCCAGCUCUCACUCAAGUUCGCCUCUUCAGCUUAAUUUGCUGCAGGAGGAGCUCCCAAAACCUAAUGAAGGAGAAGGCAGCACAGGACACAGCCACGCUGAGAAUCUCCAUGAACAACAUGUCAGUCAGGGUGAUGCACCUCAUGAGUCUGGCAACCAGGACGCUCAAUAUACAUCCAGUGAUCUGCUUGACCUGCUGCUGCAGGAGGACGCACGCUCAGGGACUGGAUCCAACGCCUCAGGAUCUGGGUCGGGAGAGUCUGGAGAGUCACUGGGGUCUGGAUCUGGCUCAAAUGUCACCUCUACCUCACACACGGUCAGCAGCAACAGCAGCAAAUACUUUGCCAGCAAUGAUUCAUCGGACACAUCACACAAAACACAUAAGAGCCAGGAGGCAACAGUGGAUCACCGGCACAUGUUUGAUGCGCGAGUGGACAACUCCGUGGAGCACGAUCCAACACAUGCCAGAUGUGUCAUGAUGACAUACCAGAUUCACACCAGGGACCACAAUGAGGUGUUGGCAGAGGACAGGGAGAAGCUACGGGUUCUUCAGCCCCUCCAGCCAUGCUUCAGUCAGAGGCAGAGAGAGGAGCUGGCUGAAGUCCAUCCCUGGAUCCAACGGCACACAGUCCCACAGGAGAUCGACUCUCAGGGAUGUUUGAGUUGCAGCUCAGGUGCAGGGGUAGUCCAGUCCACUUACUGGCCUGCUCCAGACAGCUCGUCCGCUUUGGAAAGCCCUGAACUGGACUCCAGUCCUCUGCUGGACACUUGAAAGAUCUGGAACCUAAAAAAACAACAUCCAUGCAGUUUACAGAGAACUAGCCUUGAAACAGUCUUCAACAGCUGUUACUAUUCAUCUCCUUUGACCAGUCAAAACAGGUGGAUUACUAAAAAUGUUUAAACAUUUGUUUGUUUUUUAAUGAUAUGUAAAGACACCCCAAGCUGGCUGCAUCCUAAGGAACAAAGUUGGAUGUUCAUUGGCCAGUCGCUGUCAGACUGUCUCGAUGGAACCAUUAAAAACUGUACUUCUUAUUUAUUUUAUUUUUAGAACCCUUUAGGUAUCAUGUAAGAGGGACCAAGUCUUUUGGCACCAUGAGCUACAUAACACACACUUAUGGAAGAAUGGCCCUGAAUGUGACCACUGUGCACUCACGCCCGGUCUAGAAGACGGGUACCACCACUGACUGAAAUGACAGAGGGUAAUGGCUGAGUUUAAGUAUCCGAACACAUGACAAACAUUGGCUCAGUGACUUGGAGUGCAGGUCAGGCAACGUAGGACCCACAUCAUGGCAGAAUGCUUUUUCAGAAAAACUCAAACACAUUUUCUACUCCAUUUAGUGUUCAGAGUCUAAUCUUGUUCAUAAAUUGCAGGUGGCGUGUAUUCAUUUUUUUAUUCUGUAUAAGUUGGUUUCAUCUCCUCAGAACAUCUUUUUUGUGUAUUUUUCUGCCUCACAAAGAACAGCAGACACAUGGGGGUCAUUUGAGGUUAAAUUUACAACUGCCACUCACGUCCACCAAAAUCUGCUGUUGUGUACAGCGUCUCUGCCAAACAUCCCACCAAUGCCUCACCACUACAUUAUGUACAGAGUCACUGUAUUUGCAGACAGGCUCUGACCUUUAACCCUUCAUUUCUUUGUUUAUUUACUGAAUGAAUGUGCUGUAAGACUCCAUGUUGCUGUCUGGUUGCAGUGUGUGUUAUAGUUCUGUAACUCUUCUUAUAUUGCAGGGUAAGUAGUGCAGGAAAGAUUGUGAGUGAAUGUAUCUGCUGCUGACUGAGAGCUGCUUUCUUCAGUAUCAGACAGACCAGGGUUUUGUACUAUUUUUGAACUGAAAGGAUAUUACAGUAUAUUUUGUAGAAAAUGUGCAAAAGAAU